CUCUCCCUUCUCAUUGUAUAUAACGAAGCUCACGCCAUUGUUACGCUUCAAAAUUCUUCUCCUCCUUCAGAUUCAGUUCCACCGUUCAACUUUUUUCUCAGCCGGCCGCCGCCAUGGGUUUGAAGGAGGAUUUUGAGGAGCAUGCUGAGAAACUCAAGACACUGAAAGAGAAACCAACGGAUGCGGACCUGCUUAUUUUGUAUGGUCUUUUCAAGCAAGCCACUGUUGGACCGGUGAAUACCAGCCGGCCUGGAAUGUUCAGCCUGAAAGAGAAAGCAAAAUGGGACGCAUGGAAGGCGGUUGAAGGCAAAACGGCGGAUGAAGCCAUGAACGACUAUAUUACCAAGGUUAAGCAGUUAUUCGAACUCGAAGAAGCUGCCGCCGCUGCUGCUGUUUCCGCUUCUGCUUAGUGAAAAAAAAUUACAUGAAUCGAGUUCACCACAUCAAAAUAUGAACAAUCUUAAAUGCGUAACAUGUGACAUCUGUUUGUGUUGUUGAUUAUUUAGCCUGUUGCUAGUCCAGUAUGUUUGAAAAUGUUCAAAAUCAAUUGAAUAAUUACCAUAUAUGUGAUGUUUCUAAGUUGUUCUUAGCUAAUCCAUAGCUGUUAAAUGUUAUAGAACAGUUGGAAUUGAUGUGAGGGAUAGUUUCUUGUUUGUAUCCAAA